AUGCUUGGACUAGACACUGAGAACGUGACUGUGCUGUCUUCCGCGUAUUUCGGAAGUGGAACUUCAGAAGUAAAGAUAUCAGGACUAAAUUGUACUGGCCUAGAAAAUCACAUUGCGGCCUGUAAUUUUACUGGUUGGGGACAUCUCACGUGUAAACAAAAUCAUGCUGUUGGAAUUAUUUGCGGCGGUACACAAAUUCGACUAGUAAACAGUGUUCGACCAUCAGAAGGUCGGUUAGAAGUUUUCCAUAACAAUGCAUGGGGAACUGUUUGUGAUAAGAAUUUUGACGCCACAGAUGCUGCUACUGUGUGUCAGAUACUAGGAUAUAAUACAAGCAACCCUUAUUUCAUUGGUGGUGCAUACUUCGGAGAAGGUACAAAUAGAGUAUGGUUAGAUGAGCUUGCAUGUAAUGGUACAGAGGACGAUAUUGGAAAAUGUGGAUCAAGAGGAUGGGGUGUAUCACAGUGUGGACAUUCUCGUGAUGUCUCUGUUAUUUGCGAUACCAUGGUUAAACUAGUUGAUGGAACAAAACCAUCUAAUGGACGUAUCGAAAUAUUUCACAAUGGUGAAUGGGGUACAGUAUGUGACACAUCAUUUAAUGCAGCUCAUGCUACUGUUAUAUGCCGGAUGUUGGGUUAUAACAACUCGGAUGCUUCUAUACUAAAAACACCAGUGAUAUCACCAGGCAAAGGCAAAAUAUUUUUCGAAAAUAUAAACUGUCUUGGUCAGGAAAUGGACAUAGAAGACUGUACUUUUUCAAACUGGGAAAAUUCACAUUGCAACCACGCUAACGAUAUCGGAAUCGACUGUGCUACUAAGGUCAAGCUCUAUGGUGGACGAGGCCCAUUCGAAGGAACUGUGGAAGUAUAUCAUUCGGGCAAAUGGGGCGAAAUAUGUAGCAACGAAUUUGAUGACAAAGAUGCCGCUGUCAUCUGUAAAAUGUUGGGAUAUAAACAGGGGAACAUUCGAGUAGCAAAUUCAACAUUUAGCAACAGUACUGGACUGGUUUGGUUAGAUAAACUACAGUGCAUGGGUAACGAGGAAGAUGUUGCACUUUGUAAAUCAGAUGGGUUUGGAGUAAAAACUUGCAAACAGCAGAAAGCGGCUGUAUUUUGUGGUCAAGAUACCCAAGUGCGACUCCGAGGUGGUAAAGUUGGAAAUGAAGGAUUAGUUGAAAUAUACAAUGGAAAUAAAUGGCAUCCUGUCUGUGCUAACGACCUAAGUAUGGAUACUGCAAGGGUCAUUUGUCAAAGUUUGGGGUUCGACAUGAGUUUUAGUACAGAUCCAAUAUUACUGAAAAGCACGUCAUUCCAGACAACGUUACUGAAUACAAAUCCAGUAAAAACUCGCUGUACAGGGUCUGAAAUAGAUAUUGGACUUUGUACUGUAAAUGAAUUUGAAUCGAAAUGCGGCAACAUGACCUAUCAGAGUAUACGAUGUCCAACAACUCCGAUUAGACUUGUUAAUGGUAAAAUGGGAUUCGAAGGACGCGUAGAUGUACUUCAUAACGGACAAUGGGGAUCAAUUUGUGGCAAAGGUUUUCAGAAAAACGAUGCUGAUGUCAUUUGUAAAAUGCUUGGAUUCACGGACAGCAAAGACGUUUUCCUGGAUAAUAAGUUUGGAAAGUCUACAGGACCAGUGUGGUUGGAACAAUUGUCAUGUACAGGAACAGAACAUGAUAUUUCAGGAUGUCUUCCAAACUGGAAAGCCAAAACAUGUAACAACACAGUUGGUAUAUCAUGUGUGUCUACACCAGUACGCCUGGUGAAUGGUGGUGGUCCGUGGGAAGGACGUGUUGAAGUUCAACACAAUGGACAGUGGGGUACCAUAUGCGAUACAAACUUUGGAGACAAAGAGGCAGCUGUGAUUUGUAACAUGAUUGGAUUUCAACCAGGCACGUUUACUGCAGAACCUAAAAAUGCAUCCUUCUUUGGAACAAGUGAUAAAAGCAUCCUUUUGGACAACCUAUCUUGUUAUGGUAACGAAUUAGACAUAAAUAUCUGUAGAACACAGGCAUGGAGUAAGCAUAGCUGUACCAACUAUGAAGAGGCUGGUGUUACAUGCAGAUCUAAAAAUAUUCGACUAACUGGUGGAGCUCAUACAAUGGAAGGCCGAUUAGAAAUCCAGACAAAUGGAACAUGGUCGACUUUAUGUGAUGACAAGUUUAAUGAUGCAGACGCUACUCAUAUUGUGGGAAAAGUUUUCCAUAACAGUUAUUUUGGCAAUGGCAAAGGAUUGGCAACGUUUUCAAAUGUAAGUUGUGAUGGUACAGAAAUAGAUUUGUUACACUGUCGCAUGACACAGGGAGGACCUCCACAAUGUGACCACACACAGGAUGUUGGCAUAUCGUGUAUGAUCAAAUCAACAUCUUCAUUAACUGGGAAAAGUUUGACGGAAGGCACGUUCUUGACUAACAGCUUUGGCGAGCAAGGAAGUAUAUGUGAUCAGAACGUAAACACAGAAGCUGCUACGGUACUCUGUAAAAGUUUAGGCUAUUGGAGUAAUUCAGCAACUUUGUAUAAGGACUCCUGGUUUGGGCCUGGGAAUGGUACAUCUUUUAAAUUGGAACCACAGUGCACCGGAGAAGAAGAAAAUAUUUUAUUUUGUAAUUUACAUAAGCCAUGGGGAAGAGACGAAUGUCCACAUUCACAUGACAUAGGUGUUAAAUGCGCACCUACAUCUAUAGGACGAAACAAUAUUAAACUUGUUGAUGGUACGACAAACGGUAUUGGGAAACUGACCCUAAAAGUGAACAACAAAUGGGGAACUAUAUGUGAUUCAUUCUGGAAUUCUAAAAAUACCGCUGUUGUUUGCCGGAUGCUUGGAUUUAGAAAUGUAAGUGGACGUUCCUUCUCGUUACCCCGGAACUCCUCUGCAGUUUUGAUUGGUAGUAUUCGAUGUAAUGGAAAUGAAACAGAUCUUGGGCAGUGUAAAGGGGACUUUGACAAAACAGUGUGCACUGACAGCGUUGUCGGAAUUGAUUGUACAGAUGGAGUUGAACUCAAACUGAGUGGAGGGAAGACGGUAGGCGAAGGUCGUGUUGAUAUCCUUGACGGUGGAGCAUGGGGUAGUCUAUGUGAUAAAAACUUUGGAUUUGCCGAGGCCAAAGUUUUAUGUUCAAUGAUGGGAUACCACAACACAUUACCGUACUUUUACCAUCUGCCUACUAUGGAACUACACUCGGCUCCUUUUGGUAUUGACCAGAUACACUGCAAUGGUUGGGAGGAGCAUAUAUCACAAUGCACAUAUACAAAAACUGCUAAUUGUAAUCACCGGUAUGCUCAUCUCAGGUGUUUUGAUUGUAUUAAAGAAUACAGGACGUCUACAGGGAGCAUAACAUCAGCUAACUAUCCUGGACCAUACAAUUCUAAUACAGACUGUCUUUAUAUUAUAAAGCCUCCACCUGGACUUUAUUCAAUGGUUACAGAUGUAUUACAGAUGGCUGACAACGGGGAUUUUCUUGAGAUACGAAGUCAGCCAUUUGGAACGGAACUUGGUUACUAUUCGACAUCAUCGUAUAUAGCUGCCGCUGUUUCGGAUGAAUUUUGGAUUAGGUUUAAAACUAAUGGACAAGGCAAUGCUAGAGGAUUCAAACUACAUUGGUCACCAUUUUCUUUACGAGAUGCAGUAACCGUUAACUGUGAACCAGACAGAUGGGGCGCAGCUAUCAAUAUAACAUUACUACAAAUGGUUCAUCAACAAUUAAACUAUUCAGACAUUGUUUUAUCUAACAGAACUGAUUGUUAUGGUCAGAUCAUCGGAGAUUUGCUUUUGUUUGGACAGCAAUAUACAGGAUGUGGGUCAACAAAAAGGAUUUCUAACGGUUAUAUAACAUAUAACAACAAUAUAACGUACAGUUCCACCGGAGGGCAAAAUUGGACAAUACCUUUAGAAUGUAAAAUGGUAAAGACAAGAAGAAAUGUGAAUGUUUUAUCUGAAAGUAUAACUACAACGGAAGACUAAGGUUUAAUGUGGAGAAUUUACGAUCAGCUCCAUGAGAUUCAAUAAAAUAUGAGGUG